UGUUGGAUCAGCUUCCUGUCACAUGUCCUCUACAGUACAAUCAUAUGACUUCAGUCGAUAAAAAUGAAAGCUGGGUGCAGCCAGCUGAAACCUGUAGUCCUUAUUUUGAUCUUUAAUCUAUGUUUUUAUGACAGUCAUCAACUGACUGAGCUGCAGGUAUGUGAGCUCUGCAGCGGUACAGUCCUAAAUGGCACCGCAGUGGGCCGGUUUUGCUCCUCAUCUGUUGGUCGGAUAGACGGGCGCUGCUGCUUGAGAGAUGACAACACAAUCAUCGGGUUGGAUCUGUCCAAUUGUUCUCUAACUGACGUGGAGGAUCUUCAGGGAGCAUCAACAUCAUUAAUGAUAGACCUCUCACUCAAUCCCAUUGUCAACAUCAGUGACACAGCAUUUCAAGGAUUUAUGGAGUUAAAUUACAUGAUUUUACCACAAGACAUAGUUUGUCCAGGAGGCAACGCCUCUUGGGAAAAGGUGGAGGUCAAAGAGGGAAACUGUCUUUGUGAAGGCCAGAAAGAUAUGUGCAAUCAGAGUGGACAGCUGUCCAUUAACUGCCCGGAGAACUCCCUCUGCGCCCCCUAUGGCCCUGGCUUCUUUGAGUGCAGCUGUGCUGACAACUAUCAUGGAUACAAGUGCCUGCGGGAGGGGGAGUUCCCAGCUCUCCAGGUGUUUGGGCCUCUUGGAGCAUCUAUGGUUGUGAUCUCUUUCCUGCUGUGGGUCACCCAGAGACGUAAGGCCAAGUCACUCUGAGGCUGAACUGCAGCCGACUUCUUUAUCUGCAAUGACGUACUGAGCUGAAAUUGACUAUUCUGAAAGGGAAAAUGCUGACACAAAGUCUGAGGUGAACCCAGGCUUCUUUUAAACAUUGUUUUAUUUUAUUUAACACUGUUGUGGAGCAGCUAUAUUUUAUCCAGGGAUUUUUUUUGACUGGAUCAUCAGUGCAAUUUUUAAAAAGAAAAUUUGCUUGAACACAAGUUGCUCCUAGUUUUAAAUUGUUUAAAAUGUUAUGGCAAUAAUACCACUGUUAACACUUUAAUUCUAUUUUUAAAAUGUAGCUGACUGACAUGAGAUAUUAAUGAAGAGGUUGUGUUUAAGCAAAUUCUGAAGAUUUGCGCGCUGUUAACUGUGCCAAACAUGUACUGAAUGUAUAGGAGUUUACACAAUGAAACUACAUGUCCUUAAGCAUAUUUGAGGAAAUUUGUAAAGUUUGGCAAAUUGUUUACUGCAUGUUGAACAUGUACUUUACCCAGGGCAAAAACCAAGUCAAUGUCACUAUAUGAAUCAUGUGAACCAUCAAAACGAAAGAAAAAGAAAUGCUAUGUGCUUUAAUACACGUUCAGUAUUAGAAAUUAUAUAUAAAAAGUGAGACAUUGAGUUAAACUACUACAGUAUGUUAUGUAGGUGUCACCUGCUGUUACCACAUCUUGCAUGUUUCCACUCCAAGAUGAAACAAGACUGAAAAUGUUGCGUGCCUGCUGUUGAGUUACACGCUAGAAUCUGCUAAAAUUUGUCCUUGUCAUUGUGUCCUUUGUUCAUCAGUGACAUGGUAACUUGGAAAUCAAUGUUGAUGGGCAAGUAGUUUUGAUGCACCUUCUCAAUGAGAUUCAAGGUUCUAAUAAAAUAUACAAAACAAAA